AAUGAUUCGUUCUUUUAUGAUAAUAUAGGAGAUCACCAAGAUCUUCUAUCCGCUCUCUCGCAAGACCUAGACAUCCCUAUGCUACUAGACCAAGACCCCUUCACGGCUUUACUAGAAAGCCCUUUAUCAAGCGAUUCAAUCACUGAAAACCCACCAUGGACCUUAGACGACAUCAUAUCUUACGAACUGAAUGAAUCCCAAGACAACAUUAAACAGGAAUACAAACAUGAGCCGGUCUCACCUUUGCGAAGCACACCCAGUCCAUCAUCUUUAUCAAACUCCAGCAAUGAAAUCAACUUGGAAAAUCUCAAAAACGAGGUUACCAUCAACAAUCAUUUGGACACUCCACCUAUAUCGCCACAAGAAGGGUGUGUUAUUUCACCCAAAAUCAGUUUUCAACAUGAGUCUUUGAUGCAACCGGUUGUCAUCGCACAGAAUCCUGUUCAGUAUAUACAGAUUCCGCAAGAUAAUAUGCAGAUUAUUACAAAGAGCGCUCCUGGGGCACUUAAAAGGCCGUUGAUUCAGCCUAAACCGAUAAACGGGGCUGUUAUUACAAAGCGUAAAAAUUCUAUUGUUUUAUCACCACAACAGUUUGCAAAUUUAGCUAAAUUGGGAAAAUUGAAGAAUGAUAUCACUGAAAUCAAGCAGGAUCUUGUAAAUAUAAACAAUGGAGCCACGAUAAAUCCACCCCAAAAAGCAAAACCGAUUCCAAAUUUUGAAUCCAGGCCAGGAAGUAGUUUAUUGAAUGUUGAUAAAGAUUUGGAAUCAAGAGCCUUCAAAAAGCACCAGCGUAUGAUAAAAAACAGAGCAUCAGCUUGUCUGUCCAGGAAAAAGAAAAAAGAAUAUUUGACGUCAUUAGAAAAUAAAGUUGCUGAACUCACACAAGAAAAUAAUAUAUUGAAACAGGAAAAUGCACAACUUCGAGCCCGUUUAUCAGCUCAAUGUAUGGACGAAGAGAAAUCAAAUCAGCAUCCGAAUUUAAUAAAUAUUUCAGCAAACGCUCGUAAAAACACGGCAUUUUUAUUAGCAAUGCUUGUUAUGGUUUCAUUCAAUAUAGGAUCAUUUGGUUUCAACAAUAUGUUUAUGAAAACGGACAUUUCAGCGUUUGAAAAUUCAGAAAUUUCUAAAGAUGUUCCAGUCGGCCGGCAUUUGCUCUGGGUCGACGAUCAAAAUUUGGAUUAUGAUAGUGCAGAGAUAAAAAUCAACUUAACAAGUAUGCCUUCAAAAUUCCAAGACUUCAAAACCCAAACAGGCAUCCACCCUAUAUGCCCAAUGUACAUAAACAUCUCCGAAAGCAUGCGUUUGGAAUCUGAACUACGAAAAUGGAUCGGCAUCAAACAACAACCACCACUAACAUCAUCCUUUAACAAAUCCAACAUAGAAAACCCUGAAAUAAAACCAAACAUAUCCUUAGAACUAAUAACCAACAAACCCAACCGUGAUAUAGACAAUCCUAGAUUAGUCAGAAGGCACACGAUCAAGGAUAAAGCCAAGAGUAAAGUUAUGAGAAGACGUAAAGUGAUAAUGGAUAAAAUUCCUGAGACUUAUAGCGAACUUGACGUGUUCGAUCCUAAUAAUUAUGGACAGGAUUUCGAGUUUUAUGAGGCUAUCAAAAGGAGGGAUGAUACUUUCUAUGUGGUUUCGUUCCAUUUGGAUCAUUUGCUACUGCCUGCAUUGGCUCAUAACAAUACGUCGAGGCCUAAAAUGAGUCUGCUGAUGCCGGUGCUUGGGAAAAAUAAUUCUUUUGGCGAAAUAAUCCAACUGAUGCAAAUCGAUUGCGAAGUAACAAACACAUCUCUGGUCAAACUCGAGUACAAUCAGAUUCCUAGACAUCUCAGGCCCGACAAGAAAUUCCACACACAAAAUUACGAAUCUAACAAUUCUUUGAAUUUAAAUGGAACCACGGGAACAACAAAAUCGAGUUUUGUUAAAAAAGCUGCUUAUAAACCAUAUUUCAUUCGAGGGGGCUUACUUGCUGAGAAGUCUUCACAUAGUAAGAGUAACAGACUUUCGGUUGAUCCUGUGUUAAUAAUUCAGGAAACUUUUCGUAUACCCUUGAAGGACAAGACUCCAAGGAUUUUGGGUUUUGGAAAUUACGUGGUCGACAUGACGGCCCAGUUGGAGCAGCUUUUGGGGUACAGAAUUUGUGGAGGAGUUUUGAGUGUUCCACCUGGAGCAGGAGUGGCUGCCAAAAAUUUGAAAAGCGACAUAUGGGUCAUAGAGUCACAAGGAUCUGAGCAUGAGUUGAAUUGCAGCACCGCCCACAAAGUUAAAAAGGAUUCCAUUGAACGAACAGACGAGGCCGGUCGUGCCAUUUACUUCUAUGCAGAAACUUGCAAAGAAGGUGAUGUCUUGUUUGUACUGAUGUCGAGUGGAGCUGAUGAACUUUUAGCAGCUCCUGUUGCUGGGGUAUCCCUUAACGACAUCGACUUCAUUCUAGAAGAACUGACCAAAUCUGGUGCUAGUGAACAAGAAAAGGCAGCCGUUUCGAAAAAGUUCUCCACUCUUAUGGGCGGUAAAUUGGCAGUCAUUGCUCAUCCUGCCCAAGUUAUAGCCUUGGUGGUGUCUAAUGUUGUCGGUGACAGAUUGGAGGACAUGGCCAAUGGACCUACAAUCAAAAAUACUGAUGCCAGUGAUGAAGCCAGGAAAAACGAUUUAACAGUAUCUAUGCAGAAACAUAUUUACAAUGAUGACUCAAAGAUGAAAUCCAUACUGACAGACAAGAUGAGCAAUUCACAAAGUUUUAUAAUUGGAAAUAACACGACAGCUUUAUUCGGUUGUGCAGAAGAAGCCCGGCUUCACGGUUUCAUUCCGAUUAUAAUAACUUCGAACCUUUGCGAAGAUAUUUUGGACAUCAGUGCUUUAUAUGUGGACUUGGUACUCAAAACCAUUGGAUAUUUGACUCAGCCAAUUUGUCGAGCACGAUUUUCAGAUGACAUGGGACCAUUUUUUCAUCUUAUGAACCCUGAAUUGGAUUUGGCGCAGGUUUUGACGAAGAUGGAGGCUGCCAGGAUCAGUUCGGAGGGAAUUUGCUUCUUUUUUGGAGGAAAACCAACAGUGAAACUGGAAGGCGCUGGUGUGGGCGGUCGAGCUCAACAAUUAGCUUUGCAGUUUGCUGUUGAUUGUGAUGGCUACCAAUUGGAAAAAGUCAAUGAAUUUGAUAUCCUUCUGCUAUGUGCUGCAACGAGUGGUUUCGAUGGCACCUCAAGUUCUGCAGGAGCUAUUGGUUAUCCAGGUAUGACCAAGUUGGCCCAAUCUCACGACAAAAUGGAUGCUUCUCGAUUUUUGCGAAACAACGACACCACUAUUUUUUACACCUUGUACGAUCAUGGAAGAUGCGCCGUUAACACAGGCAUUGUUUGCGUGGAAUUCAACAAAGAAGUUAGUUGUUUAAAGGGAAUUAUUAAUGAGUGA